AUGGCGUCCUCGCUCGUCUCGCGCCCGCACCUGACCCAGCGCACGGUCCGCGCCGCCACGCUCGCCUCCCCUACCCGCGCCCGCCUCGCGGCCGGGGCCGGGGCCCUUGGCGGGCACGCCGUGCGCUGCCAGGCGCAGGCGGCGGGGGACUUGGACGCCCACUACAUGCGGCGGUGCGUGGAGCUGGCGCGCAAGGCGGCCGGCUACACCAGCCCCAACCCUAUGGUGGGUUGCAUCAUCGUCCGCGACGGCCGCGUCGUCGGAGAAGGAUUCCACCCCAAAGCCGGCCAACCUCAUGCCGAGGUAUUUGCACUGAGAGAUGCAGGUAAUUUAGCUGAAAAUGCAACGGCUUAUGUUAGCUUGGAGCCCUGCAACCACUAUGGGAGAACCCCUCCUUGUACUGAAGCACUCAUCAAUGCAAAAGUAAAGGAAGUUGUUGUGGGGAUGACUGACCCAAAUCCUAUUGUCGCAUCCAAAGGGAUUGAAAAGCUCCAAGGUGCUGGAAUAAAUGUGAGGGUGGGUGUGGAGGAAGCGUUAUGCCGCAAACUAAAUGAGGCUUACAUCCAUCGUAUGCUCACCGGGAAGGCUUUUGCAACUUUGAGAGCUACACUCUCAGUGAAUGGAAUCGUCACAAACCAUAUUGGGAAGGGAGCUGAUCAGUCAGAUGUCGAGCUUAGCUUACCUUUAUCGCCAAGCGGUGCAAACCAACCUCUCUAUAUCAUCGUAGCACAGGGUGAAAAUUCCCGACUACACAUCCCAUCUCUCAGCGAAGAGAAUGCAUCAAAGGUGAUAGUCCUUGCUGAUAGUCCUGUCACCGUGGAGCCAGCAGGAGUUGAAGUUGCUGUCCUUCGUCAGAUAGACUUGGAGUCUAUUCUCCAACUUCUUGCACAGCGAGGGCUUUGCAAGCGUGCUGGUGGAUUUCAGAGAGGCUGGAGAAAACUUUGCAUCGCUUCUGAGCGACUUCCAGGAGGACAAGCUGGUGCAGAAGGUCGUCGUGGAGGUCCUGCCUUUUUGGCUCGCGAGCGAAGGGCUCAGCAACCUGGCAUUUGGUGGCAGCCAAUCGUUUCCGCUGAAGAACUUGGAGCACAGGGAGGUGAAUGGGAGUGUGCUGCUGGAGGGCUAUGUGUAGUCUCUCUUCUGUCGGAGAUUGAUAGUCCCUGUGGCAGCUUUGUUUGUUUUUCUCCUGUAAACAGAUAG